AAGUUCAAUUUAAAAAGCAAACGUCGAAAAGAUGCUCCACCUUAGUUUCAACGUGAAAUUGUGUGCUUGGUGGAAGGUUUGAAAUUGCUGUUCGUUUCACGUGCAGAUGCUUAUGAUAGAUUUAAAUAUAUCUAAUGAAACAUAAUCUAUUAUAUCUGUUAGUAAAGGACCUCUCCACUUUAGCUGUAGUCUGUGGUCCCUUUUUACCAUCCCUCUUUUCAAAGAAAAAUUGAUUUAUCUAUUAUACUUUUUGAUAUAUAUUAAACACUGAUGUAUCUCAAGUAAGUGCACAGUGUACAGUCCUUUUCCCAUGGGAUAUUGGAAAGAAGGGGUAUAAAACUAAGUUUUAGCCUGAAAACAACUACCCGAGGUCAAUGAAGGUAAAGAGAAAACAUGUAGUUUUUGCAGAUUUUUGUUGUAUUUAUUUUUAUGAAUUUCAUGACCAGCACAAGAUUGUCCAGUCUUGCCUUUUGGGUAUAAUUUUCUCUAUUGCAAAAAGGUGUUGUAAUAGAAAAGAGAAAUCUGAACAACAUUGAGUUCGAUAUAAACAAAGGUUUUAAAAACUGGUCACUCUAGAUGAAUAUCAAUAGGAAUUUAAACAAAAACAGACAAUUUCAAAACACGGCAUAGCUCUUAAUGUUAGCGAACUUUUCAGAAAAUAAAAUGUCAAGCCUCUAUGUUAAGGUAUUAAUGAACAUCUUAGGGCAUUGUAGAUUGCAUAAUUCAAACUUUAAUGUUUUACUAAGUCAUCGGAGGCCUGUGUCACAGCUAAAGUGGGGAGGUCCUUAAUUUUGAUUUAAGGACAAAAUAAUUAAAGCUCCCCACGACAGACAUCACGACAAGAAGGAUAAAGAUGUUCUAUUUGAGGAUUGAUUCACACCUUAUGAUUCCCAACAGCUGUUGUUCAUUUCAUGUCAAUUCCUCCUAUUUAUAUCGGGGUUUUUUGGGGGACAAAAGCUUGUAUCAUUUUAAGUAUAACUUUGCAGCUUUUUGUGUUGUCUAUCAUGCGCGGACAGACCGACACAGAAACUUUAAUCCCCCUCUUCCUUUCUUACACUAUGUUGUGAACACACCACUAAUAGCUACACAUGUACUUAAGAGUUGGUGACAAAUCGCUUCCUUCCUUUUGCGUGUUCCUGCUUUCCAUGUUCCUUAUUACACAUUGAGUUUGCACUUCAUUCAGACAGGAUUUCACGUGAAAAGAAAAUCAACAAAAUGCCCUCCAAAAGAAUGAAUACGUACUUCAAAGAUAAAAUAAUGGCUGUCGUUUCUGUGGUGGCCAUUAUUUUUGCAUUGCUGGGUAUUUUGUUGGAUUGCUGGUGGGAGAUGGAGGUGACGUCAUCAACGACCGUUGACCUUGGGCUCUGGGCCAGUGUUACGUGCGGUUCAACUUUAAUCGGUGUGGGCAAUGUGUCGACCUACGCCUGUUUCCAAGACGACGCAGACAAUAACGGUUGGGUGAAGUUUGUACGAAUAAUUUCUGCCUUUGCGACAGCCCUCCUCGGUCUAGGUCUCCUGAUACUAUUAGUAUAUCUCAAGAAGAAAAGUCAAACAGUUAAGAAGUUUGCAGGAGCCGUGGUGUUUAUAGCCGGUUUGCUGUUUUUCAUCGCCAAUUGCGUGGUCAUGGACCGCGUGAAGAACCUAACGUCGGGUUUCUCAGCCAUUUUUUACUACCCUAACAGAGACCGGAUACUCCGACCCCACACUCUCCCGAUCAUGUUUUUAUCUUUCACCUUUUUGAUGUCAAACAUCGUUGCCGUUGGACUGAUAAUAAAUAUGGACUUAAAAGAAGCUCCGCCAAAAGACUUCUUCCUGGAGCGUUCUAUUAGCACGCAGGCUAAAACUACUACUACUGUUAAAACAUCAGUAUAGUCACAAACAGUAGUCAUGUGUUUAACUAUACUCGAUGUCCUUUACUCAUUUCAGAAUUUGCAGAUCCAAUCCAAAAUUAAUGAUCGGCAAUUAGUUGCUUUAAUAUCACAAAUUCUGUCAUUGAUAUAUAUGCAUGCACAGUGUAUAUAUUUAUGUAUUGCGUAAAAGUUUUACACAUAAAAAUGAUAAAUACAUAUGUACUGAAACAAAA